AUGAGGGGAAGUUUCACAGGACACGGGGGAGUUUUGAACCGUGCGGCGCGAGGGGGAGUUUCACAGGGCACGGGGGAGUUUGGAACAGUGCGGCACGGGGGGAAGUUUCACAGGACACAGGGGAGUUUGGAACAGUGCGGCGCGAGGGGCAGUUUCACAGGACACGUGGGAGUUUGGAACAGUGCGGCGCGAGGGGGAGUUUCACAGGACACGGGGGAGUUUGGAACAGUGCGGCGCGAGGGGGAGUUUCACAGGACACAGGGGAGUUUGGAACAGUGCGGCGCGAGGGGGAGUUUCACAGGUCACGGGGGAGUUUGGAACAGUGGAGCGCGAGGGGGAGUUUCACAGGACACGGGGGAGUUUAGAACAGUGCGGCACGAGGGGAAGUUUCACAGGACACGGGGGAGUUUGGAACAGUGCGGCGCGAGGGGGAGUUUCACAGGACACGGGGGAGUUUGGAACAGUGCGGCGCGAGGGGGAGUUUCACAGGACACAGGGGAGUUUGGAACAGUGCGGCGCGAGGGGGAGUUUCACAGGACACGGGGGAGUUUGGAACAGUGGAGCGCGAGGGGGAGUUUCACAGGACACAGGGGAGUUUGGAACAGUGCGGCGCGAGGGGGAGUUUCACAGGUCACGGGGGAGUUUGGAACAGUGGAGCGCGAGGGGGAGUUUCACAGGACACAGGGGAGUUUGGAACAGUGCGGCACGAGGGGAAGUUUCACAGGACACGGGGGAGUUUGGAACAGUGCGGCGCGAGGGGGAGUUUCACAGGACACGGGGGAGUUUGGAACAGACACGGGGGAGUUUGGAACAGUGCGGCGCGAGGGGGAGUUUCACAGGACACAGGGGAGUUUGGAACAGUGCGGCACGAGGGGAAGUUUCACAGGACACGGGGGAGUUUGGAACAGUGCGGCGCGAGGGGGAGUUUCACAGGACACGGGGGAGUUUGGAACAGUGCGGCGCGAGGGGGAGUUUCACAGGACACGGGGGAGUUUGGAACAGUGCGGCGCGAGGGGGAGUUUCACAGGACACAGGGGAGUUUGGAACAGUGCGGCACGAGGGGAAGUUUCACAGGACACGGGGGAGUUUGGAACAGUGCGGCGCGAGGGGGAGUUUCACAGGACACGUGGGAGUUUGGAACAGUGCGGCACGAGGGGAAGUUUCACAGGACACGGGGGAGUUUGGAACAGUGCGGCGCGAGGGGGAGUUUCACAGGACACAGGGGAGUUUGGAACAGUGCGGCACGAGGGGAAGUUUCACAGGACACGGGGGAGUUUGGAACAGUGCGGCGCGAGGGGGAGUUUCACAGGACACGGGGGAGUUUGGAACAGUGCGGCGCGAGGGGGAGUUUCACAGGACACGGGGGAGUUUGGAACAGUGCGGCGCGAGGGGGAGUUUCACAGGACACAGGGGAGUUUGGAACAGUGCGGCACGAGGGGAAGUUUCACAGGACACGGGGGAGUUUGGAACAGUGCGGCGCGAGGGGGAGUUUCACAGGACACAGGGGAGUUUGGAACAGUGGAGCGCGAGGGGGAGUUUCACAGGACACGGGGGAGUUUAGAACAGUGCGGCACGAGGGGAAGUUUCACAGGGCACGGGGGAGUUUGGAACAGUGCGGCGCGAGGGGGAGUUUCACAGGUCACGGGGGAGUUUGGAACAGUGGAGCGCGAGGGGGAGUUUCACAGGACACAGGGGAGUUUGGAACAGUGCGGCACGAGGGGAAGUUUCACAGGACACGGGGGAGUUUGGAACAGUGCGGCGCGAGGGGGAGUUUCACAGGACACGGGGGAGUUUGGAACAGUGCGGCGCGAGGGGGAGUUUCACAGGACACGGGGGAGUUUGGAACAGUGGAGCGCGAGGGGGAGUUUCACAGGACACGGGGGAGUUUAG